AUUACAUAUUCAUUAUCUGUUGGCCGUGAUAAGUAAAGAGAGCCUCCGUAUUCAGUGGCAGUCUACCUCUCAGUGCAAGACUCUGAGGACAAGCUUCGAGGGAGGGGCUGUUCCCUUCCCGGUGGAAUCCGCUUUCGCCCCUGUUGGAAAGGGGAUACUUGACUAGAUGGGCCUUUUUGUCUGGGUCCAGCAGGGCUCUUCCUUCUGUUUCUCUUAUGACUGGAUCCCCCACCCCCGCUGCACCACCUUUGCAAACCUUGCACCCCAUUAUUCGUAACUCGUCACUCAUUCGUCCACCAACAAGCCAAAUUUGCCUUAUUUUUGUAAUUUGGAAAACAGCCUGGUGAUGAAAGCACAUGCUUUGCACGGAGAAGGUGAUCUCUUGCUGAAGCCUAUCCUAGAAGCAGCAGGAAAAGAUAUUAGCCACUGGUUCAAUCUCAAAACCAAAGACAUACAGACACACAUUGACCCUCUAACCGGCUGUCUCAAGUACUACACCCCGCAAGGUCGCUUUGUGCACAUUCCACCUCCUCUGCCUCGUUCAGACUGGGCCAAUGACUUUGGUAAACCCUGGUGGAAAGAUAGCAGCUAUGAGGUGGGAAUCUUGUCUGCCAAAACCAGGCGCAUACGGAUCAUCAACACUCUGACCUCUCAGGAGCAUACCCUUGAGGUGUGUGCAGAGGAGUCCUUGUGGGAGAUCCUGCGGCGGUAUUUGCCCUACAAUGCCCACGCGGCCAGCUACACAUGGAAAUAUGAAGGCAUCAACCUUGACAUGGACAAGAACCUUCAGCAGAACCACAUUCCGGACGAAGAUGAGGAAUUCUACAAUCUCUACAUGGACGCGGAUUCCUUCACGCCAGCCAUACUGCUCUACUUCAACGAUGACCUCACUGAGCUCUAGGUAACCCCAAAGUGGGAAGUAGGGAACAGUUGUGUGACGAGAGGAGGAACUGGACCCAUCCCCAACCAUGUCCCCCCCCCCAGCUCCUAAUCAAGUUUAUUAUUUACAUAUAAGAAUAUUUAUAACCCACUAACUCAUUCAUAUAUAUGUUUCUGUGUGUGUGUGUGUGUGUGUGUGUAUUUUUAUAUACAUACUCAUCCAUAAAAUUUAUUUAUAUACCACUAUUCAGAGCCACGUACAAUAAAGUAAUUAAACAUGAUAAAA